CGAUCAGCUGACUUAGGUUUCCGGGUUCGGAGAAGGGUGCAGCACUGCCGGCUCAUUAGUCUGCAGAACACUGAUCGAUUAAUUGUAUUCGUAAAUAGCAGGCACGUCACUCAGGUCUGUGUAACACCAAGUGUGGUGGAACUUGAAAGGACCUGCUGCGUCUGUGUCAUAUUCUGCUGGGGUAGGGGCAGUCUGGAGUGCAUGCAGUGGUGGUGGCUCCAGGCUGAACGAUAGUGUGAGGGGGGAAAAUAACUGCAUUACACAGAUUUCUGAGCCAAGAGUAUACGUGAUUGAGCUUAAUCCUGUCGAGGAUCAAGUAGGAUCGGGUGAUAAUGGCACAGUAUGAAAACAGCCCUUUUGCAGAUCCAGCAGAAGACAGCAAUCCGUUCCAGGACCCUGCAGUGAUUCAGCACACAACCCAAAGCAAUCAGUAUGCAACCCUUGAUGUCUACAAUCCAUUUGAUACCAACCAAGGGCCUCCGCCUGCCUACCAGUCACAGCCUGCAGUGCAGCCCAGCCCUGCGCCUCCUCCGCCAGCUCCUGCUGUACAGCCUCCCAAAAAGCAGAGCCCUGCAGAACCCAAAAACUAUGGCUCCUAUGGAACCCAGGAAGUCACAGCUGCAGCAACAGCAGAGUUGCUGAAACGACAAGAAGAACUGGAGCGCAAAGCAGCAGAACUGGACAGAAGAGAGAGGGAGUUGCAGAGUGCUGCGCUUGGAAGCACUGCAUCGAGACAGAAUAACUGGCCCCCAUUGCCAAAGUUUUGCCCAGUGCAGCCUUGCUUCUACCAGGACAUAGGUGUGGAGAUUCCGCAAGGCUUUCAGAAGACAGUUACUUGCAUGUAUUAUCUUUGGAUAUUCAAUGCUGGAAGUCUAAUGCUAAAUAUGCUGACGUGUUUUGCCUGGCUCUGUGUUAGCGCAGAAGGAACAGAUUUUGGGCUUUCUAUACUAUGGGCACUCCUCUUCACGCCUUGCUCCUAUGUAUGUUGGUUCCGACCACUUUACAAAGCCUUCAGGAGUGACAGUUCCUUCAACUUCUUUGCAUUUUUUUUCAUCUUCUGUGUUCAGGACGUUGUUUUUGUCCUUUCAGCAAUUGGUAUUCCUCAUUGGGGCUACAGUGGCUGGAUUUUAGCACUUACUGCUCUGAAGACAAACAUUGGCGUUGCUGUGAUUAUGAUGGUGACAGCAACAUUUUUUUCAACUUCCGCUAUCCUAGGAAUCCUCAUGCUGCAGAGGGUUCACUCUCUGUAUCGCCGAACAGGAGCCAGUUUCCAGAAGGCACAAGAGGAAUUUGCAACUGGGGUAUUUUCCAAUAAGACUGUGCAAACAGCUGCAGCAAAUGCAGCUGCAUCAGCUGCUGCAGGUGCAACCCAAGGGGCAUUCCAGCCUCAUUGAGGAAGUAAUUUUCUCAGCCUGCCACAUUAGUUUACAUACCUAUUUUUUUACAGAAGCCAAACAAGAAACUGCAGGUCCUGGGCAGGAAUAUUGGCAACUUAUGAACAGACAUUCAGAAGUAAUAUCCCUUCUCUUCACCUUCCAGAAGUCUGAGCAAAGUGCUGAACAAAACAAAGAUUUGAAACCGAGGAGUCAACUACUUAAGUAAAAAUUAAAAAAAAAAUAGUAAUGAAAUUGCCUCCUUCAGUACAGACUUUGUGAGAUUGAGGACUCAAGUGAUAUAAUUCUGUCCCCAUAUUUGCAAAUGGAAAUAUUAUGCAUUGCUCACCUUAAAUCAUUUGCUAACAUUUGACUCUUAAUGCUGAUUUGCAGACUGUUGUCAAAUGACUGUGUUAAUUCCAUCAUAACAAAACUAAAAUCUGUAGUCAGAAAAAGGGAUAACAAAGCAGUUUUGAUAAAAUGUGUUUAAUUUACAAGUCCCUUGUUUUAAAGUUUUGCUUGCCAUUAAUGUCAGUCUUUUAUACUAUUGGGAGGUAGGUAUGAUUGGACACAUACGUAUUUGAAACACUGUUACAUUUGUGCUACACUGGCAGUGUGAUGUGCCAAAUACAAACUGUUUUGUGAUAAUUGUAUGACUCGGCUAGACUUCACUCUUUAGGCCAAAAUGCUAAGAAAUGUUUAUUUGAUUAGUUUGAUGUGCAUGUUGCAUGGUUAUUAAGUCUAAGUCUGGUUAUUUCACAUUAUGACUUAAAAAUUAAGUUAGAACAGUUUGAAUGUCACUGACAUACUGAUUUCCAGUUUUGUAUGGCAUAUGUGUUUAGCCAUAGGGAACACGUUCUUUGCCAAGCCUGACAACAACACAUUAGCUAAAUAUUGAUACAGCAUUCAGCUUUUUUCCCCACAAACAUUUAUUGAAGCACAUCUGAAAUGUCUAAUAUUCAGCUCUGUGGUGUUCAAACACUACAAGUAAAAAGCUACAAAUAGGGCUGUUUUGUUCAGUAGCAAAAGAUGGACUUUAGGACAUCGUAACUUAACCAGCUGUGUGGCAUUGCAGCUGACAGUAUCUUAGGAAGUAAGUGCCCGUGUUUAUAGAAAGCUGGAUAAUAUAUUUAUUUCUCUGAAUUAAACCUUCUUUCAUAUUACAUAGUGUGAGAGUUCACGAGAGAGAGAGAAAGAUCAGCUUGGCUUUGUAUCAUAAGACAUUUGUGAUACUAAAUUGCAAAUUAGUUGCAUUGAGUAGAUCUAGAUUUGUUUCACCUAAUUUCUUUUCCCAUACUGUGGCAGGAAGAACUAUGUUAAUUAUGCACUUGUCACAGACCUGUCUAACAUUUGUUUCUGUCUGUUACAAGAGUGAAAUAUGUAGAUAACUAACCCAGUGUGGUAUUUUCGUAACAUCAAAUGGCUGUUGCAUUAAAGCCAGAGCUUUAUAUGUUAAACUGAAUAAGCAUGUUUUUAUUGCCCAUGGCAUAAAUGGAGCAUGCCCCAAGUUGAAUGAAUUUUAUUAAUUAAAAUUAGAUGUAUUUUUCUCCCACUCUCCACUUGCAGUGUAUGAUUUAACAGUGUUUAAAUGUGUGAUGGAUAUUUAUAAGGAAUGACAAUGUUCCCACAGUGUUUAAAUGUGUGAUGGAUAUUUAUAAGGAAUGACAAUGUUCCCAUAUAAAUGGUAUCAUUAAAGACCAGGUUGUUUUUUCCAAGUUUUGUCCAUUUUAAGCAUACUUUACAGCACACAUUUCAAAUUAUAGCAAGAUAGCUAGCGAUCACUUUUGGUAGCUCAUUUAGUUCCGUGUAUUCUCUCCAUGCUGCAGUAGUUGAAAAAGGGGAAUGCUACCAAGACAUCAAAAAAUGAAUAAACUCCCUCUUAAAUUUCUAAAUAAGGUGCAGAAAUCCCUGGUUUCUGUUUCUGUGAAGAGGCUGUUCAUUGUACCAUAGGGUAGUUAAAAGGUAGCUGGUGAUAAGAUGGAAGUGACUAAUCAUUCCUUAUAGCAGAACCCAGCCUUACCAUUUGGCAUUGCUGUUGACUUCUGUUGAUUCUGCUUGGGUGAUAAACGAACUUCUCUGUUGUAUAUAUUUUGGGCAAGUGGCACCCAUACACUGGCAAUGCUGUGUGACUGCCCAUUGUAGAAAGUAAAAUGGGUGCAUGUUUUCUUAUUUAUAGCAUCUAGUAGCCUGUAGAUAACUGGUGUCCUUUGUGUUUUUUUUUUUUUUGUCUUUUGUAUUCCCACAAAUUUACUCUGUCAUGAUAAACACCAUGGCUGCUACUUAAGGCGUAGGUGUUCUUUGUGAAAUGGCUUGAAGGAAUGUACAGUAAUGUCCUUAAUGUUCAUCAUGUGUGUGGCCUUUAUAUAAAGGUUUGUAUUUGAGUACUUAGUGUUGCAGUUGAUUUGCUGGGAUGGUCAUGUAAGAAGUGUUAAUUGUUGUUUUCACCAUUGGUCCAUGACCAUUCAGUGGUACAUGUGAACAUUAUUCAUUGGAUCAUACAGAAAGGUUUAAUGAUGCAGAUCUUUUGUAUUAUUCGGAGAUUGGACUGAAAGGGAAAGCUGUGUUAAUGCAAUCCUCUUAAUGUUGCAUUUGCUUAUUUAAUUAUAGUUGUUUGAUUGCACCAUCCAAAUAAGCAUGGCCUGUUCCCAUCAAAAGCCCAGGGAGAAAAGUUUCCCAGUUACUAUAGUACAAAUCAAGUCAAACAAUUGUUAUUAAAGUGCAUAGUGCAAGAUGAUAAAUAUGGCACUGUGAGUCUUGUUAUUGUGGCUGUACAUAGUGAAUGAAUAUAGUUAAGCAGUACAUUUCAUAUUAUAGGGGGAGUCCUGUAUUUACUCAUAGUGGAGUGGUUUACCUCCCAUUCAUAAGUUUCUACAAGAUCUUCAUGCUGCUUUUUAAGUGAAACAGUUAAUUGGUAAUAUAAAAACAACACUUUAACAUUACUUUUUUGUUGAUGGUGUUGGCAGGUGGGUUUAUACUUCUUUCUCCUCCCAUUCUGACCAUUUACACAUCAGAUGUGCUUGGUUAUCACACAAAUGUGAUCUAGUUGUACGCAUAUGAGGCCCUUUUCCCUAACAGUGUGAUGCAUUAACCUGUUAAUUUAAGGCAUGUUUCCUGUUUUUUCAGGUUUGCUAGGGAAUGAAGGGCUAGGCUGUUAUGUCUGUUUGAUUUCGAUUUAUUUUUCUUUUUUGUUGAUCCAGUUAUGAUUUAUUGGUGUUAGUUAUUACCGGACUUUCAAAAGGUGUCACAGUGGCACCAUGUAUGGAUUGUCUGCAGGAGGUUGAAGCAGUUCUGUGGUUCCUGAAUUAAUCAACUACUUGACACUUUUUCCAGGUUGGUGUUUCACUGCUUUGUACUUGUACAAAAAGCCACUUAGAAUCCAAGAGCUUGAAAACGCUCUCUGUUGUAUAAUAAUGAAUGUAAUCUGUCACUGCAGACUUCCAGUACAGUAAAUGUGCUAUCAAGUAUCACAGCCUAGAAGGCAAAUCAUCAACAUGUUUAAAAUAGUACUAUGCUUCAAGAAAAAGAUUCUUACCUGUACCAAGGAGCCUGAUAGCCCAGUAGCCAGUCCUUUGCUGAACCACCCAUACAGUUGCAUUUUUUCUACUGCAUAACACCAUUAUGACCCUCAAUCUACUUCAUAUUUCUUGUUAUGGGCAUAGUCUUUCUUUUAGUUUGUGUGUGUAUCCAUGAUGAGAUCGUAUACAGUGAAAGGCUAAUGAAUUUAAGGCAAAGAACCCUGUAUUGAUAUGUGGAUAACGGACAUCAGUGGUGUAUCAUAACGUUUGUGGCAGGAGACUGAUAAAGGUUGUAUUGCAUGUAAUGUAUGUUUACACGUGGUUGUGGGGAAUGGUGACAGCAAUAGCAAGAGAUGCAGGCUUGCAAAGAUGGCUGCUCUUAGUUUUGCUUAAUUGGUUUUGUACUGUAAAUCAUACAUUGCAACUUUGAAAAUUACUGAACGCCUCCACUUAAACUUGUAUUACCAGGAGUAAGCCACUGAGGACUGUGUAUUGUAUUUCUUCACUUCUUUUUAGAGUUGCAGUUGUUGGAAGCAUUGCAAAACUCCUGGGCUUGAGAUGUCAGUGUUAUGCUUAUAUUUUCUCACCAUAAAGUGCCUGUUUGACCAUGAACACAGCAUUCUCUAAUGUAACACAGCAAAUGUAUCCUCUUCUCUAACAAAAUAAAUGCAUCCUCUGUAGCCACUGGCAACAAUA